UUUGUUGAAGUAAUUUUUUGUUUGUCAUUUCAGCUAUGAAGUCUUACACUGCAGUUUUCAUUCUCCUGUGGGGCACUGUUGGGAUAGCCCGGGCUGCCAAAAUCAUUGUUGUGCCGCCAAUUAUGUUUGAAAGCCAUCUAUAUAUUUUCAAGACUCUGGCCUCAGCUUUGCAUGACCAAGGUCACCAAACAGUCUUACUCCUCUCUGAGGGCAGAGAAAUCCCUCCAUCUGAUCACUAUAGACUCCAGCGUUACCCAGGGAUCUUUAACAGCAGCAGUGCGGAUGAUUUUCUUCAGUCCAAAAUGAGGAGUAUAUUUUCUGGGAGACUGACAAUAGUGGAACUAUUUGAUAUCCUGAAUCACUAUUCUAAGAACUGCGACAUGAUUGUGGGCAACCAAAAUCUAAUGCACGUUCUGAAACAGGAGAAAUUUGACCUGCUGCUGGUGGAUCCUAAUGAGAUGUGUGGAUUUCUUAUAGCUCACCUUUUAGGGGUUAAAUUUGCUGUUUUCUCCACUGGUCUUUGGUAUCCAGCAGAAGUUGGUGCUCCAGCUCCUUUAUCUUAUGUUCCAGAAUUUAACUCACUUCUCACAGAUCAUAUGAACUUCCUGGAAAGGAUUAAAAAUGUUGUUGUUCAUCUGGUUUCAAGACUGGGAGUCAAUUUUCUGGUUCUGCCAAAAUACGAAACGAUACUACAGAAAUACAAGGCUUUGCCAGAGCGGUCCAUGCAUGAUUUGGUUCAUGAAUCCAGCCUGUGGAUGCUGUGUACUGAUGUAGCACUGGAGUUUCCAAGACCCACGCUACCAAACGUUGUUUAUGUGGGAGGAAUCCUAACGAAGCCGGCUAGUCCUCUACCAGAAGACCUCCAAAGCUGGGUGAAUGGUGCUAAUGAAAAUGGCUUUGUCCUUGUCUCAUUUGGAGCUGGAGUGAAAUAUUUGUCAGAAGAUAUAGCAAAUAAGUUAGCGCAAGCCCUGGCAAGAUUGCCUCAGAGAGUUAUUUGGAGGUUUUCAGGAAACAAACCGAAGAACUUAGGAAACAAUACAAAACUUAUAGAAUGGCUACCGCAAAAUGACCUCCUUGGUCAUGCUAACAUUAAAGCCUUCCUUAGUCAUGGUGGUUUGAACAGUAUUUUUGAAACCAUGUACCACGGAGUGCCUGUGGUAGGAAUUCCCCUUUUUGGAGACCAUUAUGAUACUAUGACCCGGGUGCAGGCCAAAGGCAUGGGAAUAUUAUUAAACUGGAAGACAAUUACUGAGGGUGAAUUGUAUGAAGCUCUUGUGAAAGUCAUUAAUGAUCCCAGCUACAAACAACGGGCCAAGAAGCUGUCUGAAAUUCACAGAGACCAACCUGGGCAUCCUGUUAAUCGGACAGUUUACUGGAUUAACUACAUUCUCCGCCACAACGGAGCACAGCAUCUGCGUGCGGCUGUUUAUAGCCUGUCUUCGUAUCAGUAUUUCUUACUGGAUAUCACCUUUGUUGUAUUAUUUGGUGCUGCCUUAUUUUAUUACAUUUUGGCCAGGAUUGCAAAGUUUAUUCGCAAAAAGAGCAAACAUCUUUGGUCACGUGAUGAACAUAGCACCAUUAAUGGACAUUACCAAAAUGGGAUCCUAAAUGGCAAAUAUAGAAGAAAUGGCCACAUUAAACAUGAAAAAAAGGUGAAAUGAGCCAACCGUCUAUGUACAGUAAUAACGAAUCAGAUCCAUAAUUGAAUUUUAUCGCUGUAACUUAGUCUAACAACUACUUAAAAUAAAACCUCAAUAAACAGUUCUAACACUCCCCUACAACAUGUAAUCUUAUGUGAUGGAAUUCUACAGAACUAAGAAAAGUCUUAAAACAAAAAAAAAGCACAACCUAAAAUAGAAAAUGUAUUAUAUUCUUAAUACUGAUGCAGAGAGGUUAUUUUGGCACUGAUGUUUUUAGAAGCCUUAAUUCUCCAAAGUAAUUCAAUGACCAUAUUUAUGAUUUCUCAGUUUUUAUAUCUGAAUGUGUGUGUCCCAGAUAAGGAAAAGUUUCUUUUUUACGCGCAAAGUUUUCCUUUUUUGUAAUAUAUCCAUCUGUUAGCUUAACGUAUUUUAGAGCUAGCUCUGUGUUAUAUUGGUUGAAAGUUUGGCAUGUUUAUAAGAAUGAUGUUUAAAUAAAGUAAUUUUUACCAGUGGUUGACACACAGCAAUUAACAAGUUGCAGAUUGAGAAAGCAGCCAUAGAAAAGAACACUCUCAAAAAUGAGCACUGAAGAAAAAUGGUAAAAAUUGCAUUUUUUUUCUCUACUAGACCUCUCUUCUCUGACUGAGCUUUAGAGAAAAGGAUGAGAGAGCAUACAACAAGUUGUCAUUUCGUAUUUAUUUACAUUUUUUUGUGUUGCCUAAAUUAUUUAUGCUCUCCAUAAAAAAAUGCAAUUUAAGCUUUUGUGCUUUUCCCCCCAUGAAUAAUAUGCCUAUGUGGGUAAAAUUAUAAUUAAGAAAUAUAUAAUUAAUUCAUAAAACAUAAAAAUAUUGGCCUUGAGCUCAGUCUAGAAGGUUUUACUUCAGCCUUGGAGUAAUUCAGAAUCAAACCAUUAUUUGGGGUUUGUUGAAAAAAAAAGUUGAAUGUCUUUCCUAUGAAUUAUUAUUAUGCUAUUAUUAAGUUUUUUCUAAAUCACAAUGUUAUCGAUGUUCUCUUUCAAUAGUUAAAACUGGAAAAAAUAUUACCUUAUACUGGUCUGGGCCACACAAUCCAUGUUACAUAGUUGCCAACAUAUAAUUCUCUGAAAGUGGGAUGGAAGCUAUUCUCUGGGUUGGUAACCAAUCUAUACUUAGAGGUUUGAUAUCAUGCAUGACAUUAAACCUAGCAAACUGAGCAUAAAGUUCACAGAGAUUGCCUCUUCCUUUCCCCGCUAUGGUCCCUCCCCACAACAAUCUCUUUCAAUCAUUGUAGCUGACAUGGGACUUCUAUCGUUUUCAAAUUGAGGGUGGCGAUGCAGAGCAAUGGGCAUAAAAUCAUAACUGCCCUGCUGAACCAAAGUUGGCAACUAUGAGCUUAUUUCCAUGUCAUUCUGUUUACUUGGAAUUUGCACUACACAUGUUGUGAGUGUAUGCUUUAUUUAUUUGUAGUUUGAAAUCCCAUGUCUGGAAGAGAAAAGAAAAAUACCCAUUUAUCUAGUGUUGUUCACUAACAUGGGAGAAGUUGUGAUAAUUACAGAAGGCUGAGAUCAUCUUCAUACACAGUGAUGUAAUACUUCAUUAUCAUUCCAUCGGGAGCCUCUAUCCUAUAGCAAUAAAUAACAUUACAAAUAUGUUUCUAAUGUACAGUACAGAUAUUUGUACUGCUUUCUGAAUACUUGAAGAAUAUGGUAUUAUAAAUAAGCCCGUUAGUUAUAUUUUUUUACAAUCCUAUCAGUAUGUGGCAACUAAAGGAACAUAUAGAGGCAAUGAGUGGUGGAAUGUUAACAGGACUUAGAGUGUAUGAAUGGGUUGGUUUUAAUGUUUUUUGGCAUUGAAGAAGGUACAAAAGCACUGACCGGAUGAUUAAGCAUAAUUUAAUCUCCACUGUGAUAAAACUUAAGCAAUAAACAUGGAUUUAAUAGAGAAAA